GGACUGGCUAAGGCUGUUCUUUGUUAGUGUACCGAGCGAAACCACAGGAUGGGCAAGGACGGAGCCUGUUCGGAGAAAGGCAGACAGAAGUUAGAUCUCUGCCUGAAACAGUUUAACAGGGGCUGGGGACCAUUCCUGCCUCCUUUUAAGAAUUAAGAUGGUGUUCUAACUGAAUAGACACAAAACAAACUGUCUCUGGGAUCAUGAGUGAAGAAAAGAGCUUGGGUAUGUCCCAGAAAGUGUUGUCACCUUCAAGAAGUACCAGCAGCUGCUCCUCCAAACAGGGAAGUCGACAGGACAGCUGGGAAGUUGUAGAAGGACUGCGAGGAGUCAUGAAUUAUACUCAGGAACCACAGAAACAGGAAGGCUACCUGCUGAAAAAGAGGAAAUGGCCUCUGAAAGGCUGGCACAAGAGAUACUUCUUCUUGGACAGAGGAAUUUUGAAGUAUGCCAAGUGUCAAGCUGAUGUAGAAAGAGAGAAGCUGCAUGGCUGCAUUGAUGUUGGACUUUCAGUGAUGUCUGUAAAGAAAUCAACAAAAUGUAUAGAUUUGGAUACAGAAGAAUACAUAUACCAUCUAAAGGUGAAAUCUCAGGAACUGUUUGACGAAUGGGUAGCAAAACUGCGUCACCACAGACUGUAUCGUCAAAAUGAAAUUGCCAUGUUUCCACAUGAUAUCAAUAAUCAUUUCUUCCCCGCGUCCUCUACCGCAGACUCUGUACCUGGUGUGUUCGACUCUGUCUCAGGUAGAAAGGCAGACAGCAUGACAAACCAGAACUCAUUGCGAAUUGGAAGUAGCUUACAGUUUUCCUGUCCAAGUAGUGAGUCCAAGAUUCCACCUUGGCUGCAGUCUUCUGAGGAUAUGGAAAAAUGCUCAAAAGAUCUCUCGUAUUGUCACACAUAUUUAAUGGAAAUGAGCCAGCUGUUACAGAGCAUGGAAGUUCUCCACAGGACAUGUUCAGCACCUGCUAUAAAUGCCAUGCAGGGGGGACCUUUUGAAAGUCCAAAAAAGGAAAAAAGAAUUCACAGGAGGUGGCGGCCUAGAGUUAUUGGGAAAGAUGCUAAAGGAAUGUUGCAGGUACCUACAGUAUUUUCUGCCCCCAUGCGACUGCAUGCUUCCAAUCCUAAUUUAUCUACAAUAGAUUUUGGGGAAGAGAAAAAUUACUCUGAUGGCUCUGAAACAUCAGAAUUUUCUAAAAUGCAAGAAGACUUGUGUCACGUUGCACAUAAAGAUAGAAACAGCAUGGCCCAAAACCACAGAGCCCUGUUCAUGAGCAACCUAUUAGCCUGUGCACAGUUGGAUUGCUUCCCCUGUGAAUCAGUUAGCACAGCUUACGUCACCUUAAAGUCGGCUUUUAGUACAAUCUCCGUUGAAAGAGAGAAACUGAAGCAGCUGCUGGAACAUGAUGCAGCCUCAUCUCCAUCUGCACAAAUAGCUGGGUUGAAGAAUGCCUUAUCAUCCGCCAUAGCACAAAACACAGAUCUUAAAGACCGGUUACGCAGAAUACAUGCCGAGUCUAUGCUCCUUGAUUCAGCAACUAAUGCAAAAUCAAGUCCCAGUUUGGUGAAGGAAAAUUCAAGAGAAAGAAGCAGAAACCUGGUUCACCAGCUCUCCAGUGAAAGUAGGCUGUCUGUCACGGACUCUCUCUCAGAGUUUUUUGAUGCUCAAGAAGUCCUGCUGUCUGCAAGUUCUUCAGAAAACGAGGUAUCCGAUGAUGACUCAUAUGCCAGUGAUAUAAGUGAUAACAUCUCAGAGGAUAACCUAAGUAACGACAUUGAGAAUGGAAGGCAAACUUUGGAUUGCAUUGCUGAAAGUGGGAUGGAAAGCCAUUCCAAGCGGAGAACGUGUUUGCCGGCUCCGUGUCCUAAUACCAGUAACAUCAGCCUGUGGAAUAUCCUGAGAAACAAUAUAGGGAAGGAUCUCUCCAAGGUGGCCAUGCCUGUUGAGUUAAAUGAGCCACUUAACACUCUUCAGCGACUUUGUGAAGAACUGGAAUACAGCGAACUACUGGAUAAAGCAGCACGUACCCCGAAUUCAUUUGAAAGGAUGGUGUACGUGGCUGCUUUUGCAGUAUCGGCAUAUGCAUCCAGUUACUACAGGGCUGGGAGUAAGCCAUUUAAUCCGGUGCUUGGAGAAACCUAUGAAUGUGUCCGGGAAGAUAAGGGCUUCCAAUUUUUUUCAGAACAGGUCAGUCAUCACCCACCAAUAUCUGCAUGUCAUGCUGAAUCUGUGAAUUUUGCUUUUUGGCAAGAUGUGAGAUGGAAAAACAAAUUCUGGGGAAAGUCCAUGGAAAUCGUUCCAAUUGGUACAACACAUGUAACUCUGCCAGCUUUCAGAGACCAUUUUGAGUGGAAUAAGGUGACUUCUUGUAUCCAUAACAUCUUAAGUGGGCAAAGAUGGAUUGAACACUACGGCGAGAUCAUCAUCAAAAACCUGAAUGACGACACUUGUCUCUGCAAACUGACUUUCAUAAAGGCAAAAUAUUGGAAUCCUAAUAUGCAUGAGAUUGAAGGCAGUGUCAUGGACAGAGAUGGGAAAGUAGUGCAUCGGCUUUUUGGGAAAUGGCACGAGAGUAUAUAUUGUGGAACCCCGUCUUCACCAACCUGCAUAUGGCGAGCAAAUCCCAUGCCUAAAGAUUAUGAACAGUGUUAUGGAUUUACACAGUUUGCAUUAGAGUUAAAUGAACUGGACCCACAGACUAGGCCAUUCCUACCACCUACUGACACACGAUUUAGACCAGACCAAAGGUUUCUAGAGGAAGGGAAUAUUGAAGGAGCUGAAAUGCAAAAGCAAAGGAUUGAACAGUUGCAGAGAGAACGGCGAAAGAUUCUAGAAGAAAACAACCUGGAGCAUCAACCUAGAUUUUUCAGGAAAUCCACAGAUGACUCCUGGGUGAGCAAUGGAACAUACAUGGAUCUUAGAAAAGACCCUGGUUUUUCCAAACUGGACAAUCCUGUUCUCUGGUGAGAGAGGACCUUAGAAGAUGCUCAUCUGUGUUUCUCUGAUUUAUGUGUGUGUACAGCUUCAUACAUUAAGUGUACCUUCUAGAAUUGUGCUUCAUUUAGAAUUUGACAUAUAUAUUUUCUUCAUUUGAUUUCUUUACUAUUUGAUUGUUACCAUGAUUGUCUGAAUGUAUAAAAAAACUGGUUUUAUAAACUAUUUAAUAAAAUAAACAUUAUUGAAUGUUAAUGGCUGGGGAGGGGAGAAAAAGAAGCUUUAACACUACUUUUCCAAAAGUUAAUAAUGCAAAUUCAGAUUUAAUGUAUGCCUUAUUGAAUUACAAAGGAGAAAAUAUCAGCCUCUCCUGGCUGUGCUAAGAAACAUGAAUGGAAGCCAUGGUUACAUGAACUUUAAGUGGGCUACCAAGGUUGGAAAGACAGCUUUUAAUUACUGAAACAAAGCGAGUCUGCUGGUGCUGGAGUCUGAGUAACCUUUUUAUUUUUUUCUGUAGAGAUUAAAUAAAUUCCUGUUUUUAUUUGCUUGUCACUAGCCUAUUUAAAAAGGUAAUAGUGAGCUUGUAUUUGUGGUUCUACUGCCUUACUUAGACAAUUGUACCCUGCUACAUGUAACACUAGAAGAUCAGGAAUCGCCACCAAAUCUUCUCACCCAGAAUCUUCAAAUUUACAGCCCCAAAAAGGGUUUGGUUAAUGCUUGAGCACUGACGGGAUGAAAGAAGAUUUUUCUCUCUUUUCCAGUAAGUAAAAUAGACAUAGAGCACAAAAUUUUCUGCUUCCGUAGCUGGACUUCUUUUAUUUACCUGAAAAAAUCAAACAGGGAUACUUUUUAAAAACUUAGUAAAGUAAAUUAUUGUGUUAAAGUAACAGACGUUUUCUUAAAUACAUUUUUGAUAUAUUCUACCUCUUAUUAUAAGCAGCGUAUUUAAGAUCUUGUAUUAAAAAAAAAAAGACCAUCUGCCUUAUAAUUAUAUGUAUGGAAUCUUUGAUCUUCCUUUAACUGCUUGUUGUGUUCAGAUAAAUAUUUAAGUGUCUUGCACUAAAUUGGUUUUAUCUCUUUUCUGUACUCUUUGUACAUAUAGGUAGUAUUUUCAUGCAGAUCAAAAGUAUGUCCAUCAAACCACAGCAGAAAAUAGAUGUAAAAUUGCACAUUUGAGUGGAGGUGGUGGGGUGUUCCCUCUUCCCUCAAAAUCAAAGUAAUACAGUAGCACAUGUAGCAAAACAAAUUGUACUCUCAAAGCAAUUUACAUUCCUGGCCAUACUAGAACCCAAGCCUGAUCCACAUUUUCUAGGUCUGUUGCAUGCAAACCUUUUGUGAGACUCUCUGUGGUAACAACACUGAAAGGUUUCCACUGUGCAAAAAAAGAAAAAAAAGAAAAAGUAAAUUAUUAGUGGAGGUUUUGAGAUUGUACAAAUUAAAACACAAGUGAGUCAAAAGUUGUUGCUAUGUUUAACCAGUUUAUUAUUGGUGCAAGUUGCAGCUAGGGGAGAUGAAGACUUAAGAGAGAUCAAAAGCUUUGAAAAACUUCCAAUUUACUGUGUGCUGAUGCGGUCUUAAAGAAAACCCUUUAAAUAUUAGAUCUCUUUACUGCAAGUUUAUUGUAUCAUGUAUAACAUUAAACAAGUGCUAUAAAAGUUGCAUUUUAAAACUGU